CGGAUUAUACGGGACCGCUCUCUCCGCCCCCAGCGGAGUUUCCCUCCGCCCUCGCCCGCACUCCCCACCCCUCCUCUGGCCGCAGAGAAGGGCAUGGAGUUGGCGGGAGCCUAUAAAAGCUCCUGAGAGCGCGCUGGGGCCACGGUGCUGUGACAGCCUCCACGGGUAGAGCAGGGCCGCCCACCAUGUCCCACCACUGGGGAUACGGCAGCCACGACGGACCCGCUCACUGGCAUGAGCACUUUCCCAUCGCCAAUGGAGAGCGCCAGUCCCCCAUUGACAUCUGCCGCAAGUCCGCCAAGUACGACUCCUCUCUGAAGCCUCUUAGCUUCAGUUACGAUGCCAGCACGGCCAGAAACAUCGUCAACAACGGGCACUCCUUCAACGUGGAGUUUGAUGAUUCUUCUGAUAAGUCAGUGGUGCAAGGAGGAGCACUGGAUGGAGUCUACAGGCUGGUGCAGUUUCACAUUCACUGGGGAUCCUGUGAUGGCCAGGGAUCUGAGCACACUGUGGAUGGUGUGAAAUAUGAUGCAGAGCUCCAUAUUGUUCACUGGAAUGUAAAAUAUGGUAAAUUUGCUGAAGCUGUGAAGCAUCCUGAUGGUUUAGCUGUGGUGGGCAUCUUCAUGAAGGUGGGAAAUGCCAAGCCUGAGAUGCAGAAGGUUGUGGAUGCUCUGAGCUCCAUUCAAACCAAGGGAAAGCAAGCUUCCUUUACAAAUUUUGACCCCACUGGACUCCUUCCUGCAUGCAGAGACUACUGGACAUACCCUGGCUCACUGACAACUCCACCACUGCUUGAAUGUGUGAUCUGGCACGUUCUGAAGGAGCCCAUCACUGUGAGCCCUGAGCAGAUGUGCAAACUCCGUGGCCUUUGCUUCAAUGCUGAGAAUGAGCCCGUGUGCCAUAUGGUGGACAACUGGCGCCCGUGUCAGCCCUUGAAGAGCAGAGAAGUCAGAGCCUCCUUCCAGUAACCUCAGUGCUGCAAGUGUUAGGAAUUGCUGUGUUUGUGAGGAGCCCCUUUUGCUAAGCCCAAAUCUCAAACUUUGCCAUGUGUGCCCAGGCAACAUCUUGUCUCCCAGAUCCAUUCCUUCUUUUGCUCUGCAUCUGAAAUGCCAGCUAUUGAAAUGUGAAAGGCUCUUGGCCGAAUGGGGAAGGGUUCUUAAGGUGUGGGGUUGGGGGAGGCAGGGGGUGGGUGGCUGUGUGCAUUUUGGUGACUAUUACUGCGACUGACGCUUUGGUAUGACAGUAAGUUGGCCACUUGGGAGAGGAUAUGGUGGUAGCAAAAUAAGCCAUUUUAAGAAACCUCAUCUACUGGUGUGAUAGUACACGUAACUAACGAUAACUUGAAGCUUUGUAAGAAGCACAGGAAUACAGAAUCUAGCUAUAAUUUAGUGAAAAAAGGUAUUUUGAGAAAGUUAAGCAAAAUGAAUAUUUAGAAUUAGACUUGUUAGAUUUUAAGAAACUGACAUGUAAAUAUUUUUGAGACUAUUUUGCAUUUUUACCCAUGCUGUCAACAGCCUUAGUUAUGUCUUAAUGGUAGUGUUGGGUUUUUUAAUUCAAAAUGUUCUAAAUUAAAUGUUAUCUUUAAAAUUUGUUAUUACCAUAGAAAUAAUUCAAACUAUCUUUUCAUUGAAAUAAUAUAUGUUCUAAUUUAAAAAGGAAAAUAAUAUUGUAUUUUAGAUAACUUCUCUAAUAAAUCUAUACUUCUA